GUCAUCGAAAAAACGUAUUAGGAGUGUGCGUUAGCGUUAGGGUUGUGAGGGAGCGAGAAAGAGCGAUAGCGUGAGAGUUAAGCGGAAGGAAGGAAGGAAGCAAGAAUGGAUGCAGAUGCGUUGGCAAAGGCGUUCGUUGAACACUACUACACGACGUUCGACAACAACCGCGCCGGACUGGUGAACCUCUACCAGGACAGCUCCAUGCUCACCUUCGAAGGCCAGAAGAUCCAAGGCGCCCAGAACAUCGUCGCCAAGCUCACCUCUCUCCCUUUCAACCAGUGCCUUCACUCCAUCACCACCGUUGACUGCCAGCCCUCCUCCGCCCCCAACGGCAUGCUUGUCUUCGUCAGCGGCAACCUCCAGCUCGCCGGCGAGCAACACGCCCUCAAGUUCAGCCAGAUGUUCCAUUUGUUACCAACACCACAGGGAAGCUACUAUGUUUCGAACGAUAUAUUCCGGUUGAACUAUGCUUGAAGAUAGACAAUGGCAUAUGUGACCUGAAAGGUAGAAGUUUGCCUAUGGGCUAUAGCUGUUUCAUAUCGUGACAUUUGUAAUUGAAAAUGGAGUUCUUUUUGGCUGGAUGUGAACGAUUAGUUGUGCCAUUUCUGUUUAGAAUUUUCUAUUGUGAUUGGUUCAAAGUCGUUGUAAGGACAAAUUAUCAAAAGAUUACCGGGUAUGAGCUGAUGAUGAAAACUUUGAUAGAUUUCUGUUCUCAGAACUGAUAUAUGGGAUGGGGUCCAAGCAUCUCCUUCAUUUUUUCUUAACAAAUUGGUUCAUGCAUUUGGUUGAACUGCACCAGGAAAUCAAAUUCCUUCACCCGGUAACUCCAUUAGUGCAGCAAAUAUUGGCUUCGGUAGCAUAUUUGAUGGUAUAUCAUUUCUGAAUGCUCAUUUACGUAAUUAGUACCGGGUCUGAAACCGA